AUGGCCAUCGAACUCGAGUACCACGCAGCCCCCGAUGGACUCCUAGAGAAUGUAUGGGCCAAUUUUAUCAGUGGAAAUGCACCUGGAGGAGAACUGAAGAAGGCACCCACAUCAAACCAAGUUUGGGAGGAGCUAACAUAUCUAGUUGGGAGAGAUGGGUCAGUGGAAGUUCUACAGAGGCUUCCCAGUCUAGGGAGAUGGAUAUCUAUGGGAGAUGAAAGCUGGGAGGAACUGCUCAAUGGAACUCAGUCUGCAAACAAUACCGAACCCUCCAACAAUCUUGAUUCAGAUUGUAGUGCAGUUACUUCAACUCCAAAACCAAAUCCUGUCAAAGCUGAGAAGGUGGCAACCAGACACUUCAGAGGAGUGAGGAGGCGACCGUGGGGUAAGUAUGCGGCAGAGAUAAGGGACUCAUCAAGAAAAGGAGUUCGGGUUUGGCUUGGGACAUUCAAUACCGUUGAAGAAGCUGCCCUUGCUUAUGAUAAAGCUGCUUUGAGGAUUAGAGGUCCCCGGACUUACCUCAAUUUUCCACUGGAGAUUGUUGCAGAGGCUAUGGAAGCAGACACACAUUCUGUGAAUUGUUCCUCAACACCUUCACAGGCAAGUUCAGAAUGCAGGGAAGUGACUCCUAAUCCACAAACAAGAGCUGCUAGAGAGUGGGAACAGAAUGUUCAGACUACGCCGAUGAUCGAGCAACCUGCAUGGAAGAAACUAGCUAAUGUGGAGCAGAUGUUAUGGAAUGAAUUUGAUGUACUGGAGUUUCAGGACCUUGGGAGUGAUUACUUGGAGAGUUUGUUGUCUUCAUGACAAAAUCUAGAUUGGGUCCCAAAUGAAGAACAAAUAACAACAAAAAGCCCUUAAUUAGUGUUGAUACUGUAAGUUUUGACAGUAUAAUUAUGAUGUAUAAGAUUCUUAACCAUAUGGACAAGCUGAAAAGGCUUGGACGCAACAGAUUCAUUGUUG